UAUGUACGCCCCUCGAUGGCGCUGCUCAUCAGAUCACACACAGCAAACCUGCCAACCAAAAGCAAUAGUUUCCUUGCCAUGGCGGAAACCAAGACUGCGCCUGCGGCGGAGGAUGGCAGUAGGAAGAAGACGGUGGUGCUGGUGGCCGUGGACGACAGCGACCACAGCUACCGCGCGCUCGAGUGGGCCGUGCGGCACGCGGCGACGGCCGGCGUGGCGGCCGAGCUCGUCGUCGUCCACGCCAAGCCGCCCGCGUCCUCCGUCGUCACCUUCGGCAGCCCUGCCGCCGCCGGGGACGUGGUGAGGGUGGUGGAUGCGGACCUGCGGAAGAGGGCCGAGGACGUCGUUGACAGGGCACGACGCCUCUGCGUCGCCAACUCGGUGCAUGGUCUGAUAGAGGUGAUGGAAGGAGAGGCGAGGUACGUGCUCUGCGACGCCGUCGACAAGCACCACGCCGAUCUGCUCGUCGUCGGCAGCCAUGGCUACGGUGCAAUCAAGAGGGCAUUUCUCGGGAGCGUGAGCGACUACUGCGCCCACCAUGCGCACUGCUCCGUCAUGAUAGUCAAGCAGCCCAAGACCAAGAAAUGAUCGCGUCAUUGUGGCGCCGAUCCUGUUGUAUCUCUUGUAAAAUCCGUAGUUUUGUGUGCGUGCAAGUAAUGUCAAACAAAUAGUACUAUGUAAACAGUGUCGCGAAAACUGAACCAAUACCUCAAAUCCAGGUUGUAUUUUCAGCAUUACAAACGGCAAUGUUACUGUAUUCAAAUA